UCAUUAUUACAUCCUUCCAUAGACACAGCAUUAUCAAGAACAAACUUCAUUCACAUACCUUCUUCUUGAUUUUCAUUUCCAAUGGCUGUAACAUGCUUUUCUUCUCCUAACAUCCUUGUUCAAAACUGUGGUUCAGUUGUCAAGCCUGCAUACAAAACUAUGAUGAUUAAACAAGGUCAGGUUCCAAUGAAGAAAGUUUCAAACACUCUGGUCAGAUCAUCCUUCACAAACAAGGUCUUUGAGGAUCGAUCGGAGGGUAUAAUUUGCUACAGAGAUGAUGAUGGUGAGAUAGUUUGUGAAGGAUAUGAUGAGGGUCCUCGUUCUCCCCUACAGAUUUCAAGAACAGUGCACCAUUCAAGAGAAGCUGAGCUUGUCAAUCUACUUCAAGAAAGAUGGUUUCAAAUUGUGAAUGGUGGGGAUUCAGUAUUACUUGCAAGUAUUGAUGAUCUGCAAAUGCAAGAAAACUUGAAGUUGAAUGGCUUCAACAAGCUCUGGCAUCAAUUCUAUUGCAAAACUCGAUUAGUAAAAACAUCAAGGCAUUAGCUGAUAGAGCAAACCUGUAUGGCAAGAACACCAAGCACUUCAAUUACAAACUAAAAGGUGGCCUCAUCUGACUUCUGUGUUUCAAACAUUUGACUGCACUAGAUGAUCACCUUCAUGUCAAGAAGAAUCAGAAGAUCAUGUCAAUGUAUGUGCUAUGCUACUUCAAGUUGAAAUAAAACCAGGGCAUGCAUUCAAAGCAUUUGAGCGGUAUUCCUCUUCAUUGAGGCAAAAGAGCGAACACCUAGUCUGCAACUAGCAUACACAACUAGAAUUGAUCCAGAAUUUUCAAGCUUUAGCCAUAUUUACAACAAACUGAACCAA